AGAGAGAGAGAGAGAGAGAGAGAGAGAGAGGUGCAUUAUCAGGACGCACUGAGUGUUUGUCAUGUUCCAGCUAUUCGAGCAUGACGUUUUCUUAAACAUUCAGUUAGGAAUCCUUCAAGAAGAACAAAUUGCAAGGCAGUAGGCUGUAGGUGUGAAGGAUUCAUCAGGACACAGGAGACUGACACACUGUGGUGGACCGACAGAAUCAGGAUCACAGCUGGUAUAAAUGCAAUUUUCUCUUUAGCUGGAAGAGGAUCACAUAUCUGAGUGCAUCAUGGAUUUUGUGAUGAAGCAAGCACUGGGCGGGGCCACCAAAGACAUGGGGAAGAUGUUAGGUGGAGAGGAAGAGAAGGACCCUGAUGCCCAGAAGAAGGAGGAAGAGAGGCAGGAGGCGCUCAGACAACAAGAAGAGGAGCGAAAGGCCAAACAUGCUCGUAUGGAGGCCGAGAGGGAAAAGGUCAGACAGGCCAUUCGAGAUAAGUAUGGACUAAAGAAGAAAGAAGAGAAGGAAGCAGAGGAGAAAGCGGCUAUGGAACAAGCGUGCGAAGGCUCCUUGACUCGCCCCAAAAAGGCCAUCCCAGCAGGCUGCGGGGCGGAUGACGACGAGGACGAGGAGAGCAUCCUGGACACCGUUCUCAAAUUCCUGCCUGGACCUCUGCAGGACAUGUUUAAAAAGUAACAGACACAAAGCUGUUUCUCAAGGAAAGUGGAUGAGGGGGGAUUUUUGCCAAACAGGUGAAAGGCUUUUCACUGCCUUGACGGAAUUUAAUGGAUAGAUACACAAAUCAUAACCCGACAACGUUUGGUCUUUUCACUGCCAUUCAGGUUCAAAUUGUUUACACUUUCUAUAGAUCUCUGUGUUUGUUUACUGAUCACCAGGGUCUCUGACGCUGCCUUAGGUACUCAACGAUCAGCCCCACGAUAACAGCACAUUGAUACUGAGCUCUGGCACUGGGAAUAUGAUGCUUACUUAGAUUUAUUUAUUUAAAACACAGUGGGCUCAGAGCAUUUUAAAACUGUAGCUUGAUAUAACUGCCCCUUCUUUCACAGAAGAAUUAUCAGUGAAAGCCGUAUGCUUUCAGUAGUUGCAUCUGAUGAAUCACAUUUGCCAUCAGUGAAUUUGAUGAUACGCUGCCAUAUUUAAAUAUGGGAGAUGCUGAUAUACUGUCUUAGAUGUGCCACGUUAGACCACCUGAAUGCUCAAAUGGUUUACAGCCUGGCAGUUCUCAUUUAUCUGUGACGUGUUGUUAUUUAUUUAUUUUGAUUCUUUCUCUAGUUUUGUUAGUGUGAAAUAGAACUUGAAAUGACCUCAAGUAAUAUUCACAUUAGCUUGCCAGCAAAAGAUCAGGAAAAGUUCAGUAAGUGUCUCUGAUUAUCAUUUUACAAUUAAAAGUUAUUCAAGAUCUCAAAACCAUAUUCAGUCAGUGUUUCACAGCAAAUUCAUCAUUUUCAAAGCAUGCACAUCUGAUGUUAGAUCACUCACACACACAAGACAAUCAGAAAUUAAGUGGUCUCAUACUAAAAUGAAAAAAUUAUCGUUUUAUGUUUGUUAUUUGUAGGUUUCACGUCAAAAUUUUAUUUAAACAUGGCUCACAAAAAUAUUUGGGAUGUUCUGCAAUGUUAGAAAACCUGCCUUAGCUGGAUAUUAUGUAAAGGUCUGACCUGACUUGUAAUGCGCUUUAAAAAAAAAAAAAAAAAAAAAAAAAAUUAGGUAAUUGUAACAUUAAAAAGCAUAAAAAAAAAAAAAAAAAAAAACAAGCCUACAUCUAGAGUAUAAUGAAUUUAGUAUUAUUGCAUAAAGUGCAGGCAUUGUUUUAUACUGAAGCAAGUUUCCUCCAUGCAUUAAAAAUAAUAAUAAUAAAAAAAAUAUAUAAAAGGUAAUUGCAUCUUUUUAUCUCACAAUUCACACUUUGUUUCUCACAAUUCAGAAUUGCAAGAUGUAAACUUGGUAUUGCAAGAAAACAAGUUUUUCAGAAUUCUAAAAAAUUCAGGGUCAGCAUGAAAUAAAAAUAAUAAUAGUAAUGUGAUUGUGACUUUUUAAUCUCAAUAUUAUUUUUUCCUUGCAAUUGUGGGUAUAUAUUUUGCAAAUAUGUCUUUUCAUCUCAGAAUUGUCAAGGGAAAAAAGUCAGAAUUGUGAGAUAUAAACUCAAAAUUGCAA